AUGGCGGCGCAGGUUUGGAGCUUCUUUCGAAGACGAUUUGGUAUACUUCACCUCAACUCGCAAUCAAUCUCGGUGGAAUGCUUAUCUUGGUUUCCAUCUACUUCAUCAGUCUCAGCAAAUCAUAUACGGGCUGUUAUCCCAUGUUUGAUUUUAUGGAGCCUAUGGCAAGCAAGGAAUAAGUCACGGUUUGAGGGAGCUCGGCUGGAGCCGCAGGGGGUAAUUUGGGCGGUGGGAAGUGUGGUGGAGCGGUUAGGAAGGGCAAAAAUGUUUUCCUCAGCGCAUUUCAAGGGCGUUGCUACUUGGCGACCGCGGGCAACAAGGCGGUUGGUGAUAUCCUGGAAGCUGCCACCGCACGGGGCGGUCAAGUUGAAUACCGACGCCAGUGUUACAAGAGGGAAAGUAUCGGGUGGAGGCCUGCUACGGGACCAUGAGAGUAGAUUGAUCUUUGCAUUUUACAAGGAGUUCGGGGAGGUCGAUGUGCAGACUGCCGAAAGUUUGGAACUGCUGCAGGGUUCACUCUACUGCAAAAGAGUUCGGGUCCAGCUGUUACUAGUGGAGGUGGAUUUAGCAGGAUUAGUUCGGUUGCUGGAAUCAGGAGGUCUGGCAAAAUGGCCUCUAUGUAAUGCACUUCGGCAGAUUCGGAGCAUGCUUCGGAGCUUCAAUACUACAGCUACUCAUAUCUUCAGAAAAGCGAAUGCUGCAUCGGAUAAGUUAGCAACAAUGGACACUCAGGGAGACUUCUUUAGCACGACACUCCAGCAACUCCCGAAGGAUGUUAGGGCAACUAUAUUUUUAGAUAGCAGGGGAAUCCCUUUUGUUCGAACACAAGUUGUGAGAGAGUAA